CUCCCUUCUCUCCGGUCCGCCCGCCCGGCCUGGCCCGGCCCGGCCCAGCCCGCCGCCCGCCAUGGCCCGGGACUACGACCAUCUCUUCAAGCUGCUCAUCAUUGGCGACAGCGGUGUAGGCAAGAGCAGUUUGCUGUUACGAUUUGCAGACAACACUUUUUCAGGCAGCUAUAUUACCACAAUUGGGGUGGACUUCAAAAUCCGGACAGUGGAAAUCAAUGGGGAAAAGGUCAAACUACAGAUCUGGGACACAGCUGGACAAGAGCGCUUCCGCACCAUCACCUCCACGUACUACCGAGGGACUCACGGGGUCAUCGUGGUGUAUGACGUCACCAGCGCAGAGUCCUUUGUCAACGUCAAGCGGUGGCUCCAUGAAAUCAACCAGAACUGUGAUGACGUGUGCCGGAUACUAGUGGGAAACAAGAACGAUGACCCGGAACGGAAGGUGGUGGAGACGGAGGAUGCCUACAAGUUCGCUGGGCAGAUGGGGAUCCAGCUGUUUGAGACCAGUGCCAAAGAGAAUGUCAACGUGGAAGAGAUGUUCAACUGCAUCACAGAGCUGGUUCUUCGGGCAAAGAAAGAAAAUUUGGCAAAACAGCAGCUACAGCAACAGAACGAUGUGGUCAAGCUCACAAAAAACAGUAAACGGAAGAAGCGAUGCUGCUGAUGGCCCACCGCCUGCCCGCCCAUUGUGCUGCUGCUGCCGCAGAGACUGCGCUGGGGCCACCACCGCCAGGGACCUGGGGGGGACAUUCUCAGUUUCGUGCCGUUAUUUAAAGAUAUUUUUCUCCACGUUUUCUAUUGGGAGGUGCCACGGGCACUCUUUCCUCCUCUUUGAGUGCCAAGAAGCUGUCGGAUGAACCGCCCUCUCCUCAGUGCUCCCUCUUUCUCCCGGGGCCCAGGCUCACAGCACGAGCGCGGACGCUGCCAGCCAAGCGGACUGAUUAACCAGAGUUUGUACAUAAUGUAUAUUGCUUUAACCAGUUGCGCCAGCCUCGUCUCGCUCUGGCUUUUGCCUCCUUAAUGCCAACCCACCAGGACUCUCCUUUGUUCCUCCUUUCUCUCCUAUCUUCCUGGAUGCAGCAGCUCCCCAGAUGUCAGGAUCAGGCUCUAGGCUUCUUUCUUGUCCCCUUGCAUUGGCUGGGCAGGGGUGGGGAGCCCUUGUUCCCUUUUCAGGCCCCCAGAUCAUGCCACUCGAGGUUUUUUGGAUUCUGUCCCUUUUCGAUGCCCCUCCCCAGGCUCUGAGUUGGAUCUGGGACGAGCCUUUGCCUGUUGGACUAAGGCUUGCCUUUCUCUCCUUCUCCUCUCCCUACCUCCUGCCCCUUCCUGGCAGCUGGGGAGCCUCCGGUUCUUUCCCAGUUGGGCCCUUGGUUCUCUCUGAGAAACCAAGCUCUGUCCUGUGGCCAAUGGAUAUUCUUUUUUGCCUCCUGGCCUCCUCCUGGGUCCUCUGAAUUGCAGGCCCGGGAGAGCCUGGGCUCUUAAGUUUGUACCAAAACGUUUCAAUUCCAGCAGAAAACCAAGGGUGAUUGUACAUGUUGGUCGGGAUUGGGGCGGGAGGGGGGGUGAAGGGCAAGAGUUACAGGUUUUUUAUAAAGAAAAUGAAGCCAAAUCAAAUCAUUUGAAACAAAUCCCUUUGCCCUGUCCCUUGAAGCCUCAGGGGAGCAGCAGUAGUGGGGUGCCCUGCCUUCUGGGGGCCCUUUGGUUGGAAGGCCUGUAGAAAUCCUGAGGCCUGGGUUCCCUGUGCAUUAGAGAGGGCUAGAACAGCCUUCAUGACUGGUUGUGGCCAGGGCAGGGGGAGCUCGUUCAGAUCCUGGCCCACAGCUUCCAAAAGAGUUGCCGCUGGCCCCCUCCAGUGGGGGGGCUGGUGUGGAUGAGAUCACUGACAGCCUGGUUCCUCGGUCAAAGGGAGAAGGGAGCCCGGCAGGGAGGGGAACUGGGGCAGAGGGGGGUGCCCAAAGCAGCCCCGCAAGCCGCCAAGCAGAACUAGUGCAGUCCCGUGGGUUCCUUGGGGGCCCUGGCCAAGAUCUCUGUGCUCUAACCCCGCACCUCCUUAACACCCCCUGAAAAGGGUCCCGGAACCCGGGAGGAAUUGGCGUGCUCGCUGCAACUUACUUUAUAGGUUUUUUUCCCCUAAAUGAUUUCCAGGCAAAGUCUCGAUUGGACAAUCACAUCACGGAUCAGUCACUGCAGAUUUUCCAUGUAUACACUGUUGGGCGGGUUUUUAAUCAAUAAAAACUGGGGAUGUCGUCUAA